CAGCGGGUGCAGGCGGCUAGAAUGGUGUCCUUGACCCAACAAGAGAGGAAGCGAUUGGUGAACACCAUUCGACUUGCCUCUCGUCCCUCAUUCUGCCCCUUCGUGUCACCCCAUAUCCUCUCUACGCCAGCCGAUCAAUCUACAAAGCCUACCACCACUGACGUCCGCACGGCACACUCUACCCAAGUCUACCCUACUUCAUGGCUCCCUACGAGCCCUCGAUCACCGACAAGUACACUCUAUCUGAGCUCCCUCAAGAUGUCAUAGAAGCGCUGGACUUCUGGGCUGCCGUCACACCAGAUCAGCCAGCCCUCAAGAUCCCCCGAGGUGAGAUACCGGCCGAGGGUAUGGCGACAAUCACCUUUUUCGAGUGGAUGCAGGCCCGAAACCUUUUAGCGGCCUGGCUCGCUUGCGAUCUCGCCGUGGGAGCUCCUGGCCGUCUAGGCGGGUCAACCCGCGAGUGUACCCUCGCCUUCCUCAUUGCACCGAAUCAUGAGGUCAUCAAUCCCUGGUUCGCGAUGGCGGCUCUUGGCUUCACCGUGCAAUUCAUCUCACCCUUGCACACGCCCAAAAUCGUUGCGAGCCUCAUCAGAGCGAGUCAAGCUCACGUGGUUCUUCAUCAUAGUAUGGACUCCGGCUGGAUCAAGGAGGUCGAGGCUAUGACCCGAGAAUCAGGUAAGCCGUUGGAAUUCAGAGAGCUGUCUUCAAACCAGCUCCUCGUCCCGAUUGUGGAGCACUUCAGAAGUGAGUCGCCAGCGACAGCCUUUCCCUCGAAGUUGCCAUUAACCAAGCCGGAACUUCUGCAGCUGAUGCUCUGAUCAUCUCUGACACUGGCAGAAACGAAGACCAGGAGCCCUAGCGUCAUCGGUCCGAUGUUGCACGCGGUCAAGCCUCAACCAU